AUGGCUCGUCUCUCUAGGAAUAUAAGAAAUCAAUGGAUAUACUUAUUCGUAGUUGUUAUUAUUGUGAUAUUUGGUGACGCUAAAAAGUCUAAAAUAUCCGAUGAAACUAAAAUAAGAGAUGACUUCGAUGAAAAUCUAUACCGUUCAUUCUAUACGUCCGAUAAUCGAAAAAUUUCGAUAUAUAAUAACUUUACACAACCUUUCAGUAUCUAUCUGUUCCGACGAUAUUUAUCCAGUCUUGGACAGUGGGAAAUGACACUUAACAACUAUAAUAAUGGUAGCGAUUAUAAAGAAGAAAGCCCUGAUCAUAUUUUAUGGAAAACAUUUCUCGAUCCUCAGUUUAUGGAAAAAUCAAAGAUCGGUCAAAAACUUAUUAGAGCUGUAAAACAUUUUAAGGCGAUAAACAAGAAAUCUACUGAUACUCCAUCUCGUGACGACGAUGUUAGUGCUAUCUUCUAUUUAACAGGCAAAUGGAAAAAGAAUGAUUACGGCGAUAUUGUAUUCUAUGAUGAUAAUAACGAAAUUGUCAGUGCUGUCCAUCCUCUUGCCUUUAGAAUGGUUAUGUUCGAUUCGUCAAUCGAGCAUCUUUAUAAGCCUCCAGCAAUAGAUCGUUACGAUCCUCUCAAAACAAUCCAUAUUAAAUUAACUAAAUCAAGUGAAAAGUUACGAAACGGUAUCGAAUAUUAUAAGAAAAAAUUUGAACAUCGAAGAAAUAUUCGUAACACAAAGUUAAAUGAUAUCGCGUCUGUAUCGGCAAAUCGAGUAAUUGAUGUAGAGAAAUAUAUUACACGACGAUAUGUUAGCGAAAAUGGUAAAAAAAUCUAUGUAUUAGACAACUUAUUUACUCCUGAAGAACUGGAAGGAUUACGUAAACUUGUGAAAUACAAGGAAUAUUUCUACACAUAUAUUCAUGACGACGGCAGUGACGGUGUAUCAUGGAUGGCUAUUUUCUCUGUACAAGAUUUUGCAAAUAGCAAUUUAUGGAAAAUUCAUCAGCAGGUGGUUAAUCAUGUCGGUAGUCGUGAUAUUUAUUUCCCUUAUGAUGUCUCAAGUAAUAUGAUUCGAAAUAACGUUAAUAGACGAUUGCAUAGCGAUUAUUUAUCGAUUACUGAUCAAUGGACGAUGGUAACUUAUUUAAAUCCCAAUUGGAUUGCACAAAAGGGUGAAGAAACUGCGUACUUUGAGAGUGCUGAUGAUGAUAAUAACUAUAUUACAGAGAUGCAGGAGAGGAGAAGGAUGAUGAAAAUAAGUAAUCAAGAAAAUCAAGAAAAUCAAGAAAAUCAAGAAGAUCAAGGACAAGAAGAGAAUCAUGAAGAGCUAAGUAAAGAAUAUAUGAAAGCAAUACAAGAGGAGAAAAGAGGCAGUGUCAAUAAAUUUUAUUAA